GGCGAUAUGUAAAUGAAAUAUAUCUCCCGGAGCGCAACGGACGCGUAUCCGGCUCCCCAACCCCGCCGUUCGGUUUCGCGCAAACCGGGCCCGGAGAGACGAGCGGCCUUUACCUCCCACGAAGGCUCCGGUGAAGAGGAAUUUCUUUUUGUGGCGUUUGAUGAAGCUCCAGAGGGACCGCAGCAUCUCGGCGGCGGCUCCCGGGGAAGCCUGUGCACCGAGGCCAAGGGAGCGGGGCGGAGGGUGUAAUACCCGGGACGAGCCGGGCCCUUCGAUUCUGUUUGAACCCGGGGCCUAGGAUCCGGAGCCUGCCCCAGGCAAAAGAAGCUUUAGAGAACGGUGAGGUGCCUGUUGGGUGUCUGAUGGUUUACCGGAAUGAGAUUUUGGGGCAGGGAAGGAAUGAAGUGAAUGAAACCAAGAACGCUACCCGACAUGCAGAGAUGGUUGCCAUUGAUCAAGUCUUGGAGUGGUGUCAUCAAAGGGAUAGGGACCAAAAGGAGGUGUUUGAACAAGUGGUGCUGUAUGUCACUGUGGAGCCUUGUAUCAUGUGUGCAGCUGCCUUGCGGCUACUCAACAUCCCACUGGUUGUGUACGGUUGUGAGAAUGAGCGGUUUGGAGGCUGUGGGUCCGUACUGAACAUUUCCAAGGAUGAUUUACAGCAAACUGGAACACCUUUCCAGUGCAUAGGAGGCUACAGAGCUAACGAAGCUGUGGAACUAUUAAAGACCUUUUACAAAGCUGAAAACCCCAAUGCACCAAAAUCAAAAGUGAGAAAGAAGCAAUAAGUGUGGUCUCAGAUCACCAAAAGAAAAAGGCUGCAGUCCUUCUUCAUCCAAGAGAAGAACAUAGGAAGAAGUUGCUCAGUGUUUAAACUGACUGGGCAAUGGGAAGACGUAACCAGUUAGAGGUGGAUACUGCUAAAAGAUGGUCACAUGUAAAAACCAACUGCCAGGAAUCAUGGGCAGGAGCAAUGUUUGUCAUCCUGCCUCUUGGUAUGUCCAUCCAAGGUAAUUGGCAAAAACUCGCCACCACCAUUCAGUGUUAUCGGAAAUUCCAUAUUCCCGCUUACCUCCAAUAACCUAUUGCCUCCUUCCUUGACCAGAAGCUAUUUACCUCUACCUUAAUAUUCAAAGACUGUGCUUCCAAACCUUUUGAGUAAAAGAGUUCAAAAAACCCAUAAUCCUCUGGAAAAAAAAGUCACCUCAUCUCUGUCUCAAAUGGACGACCCCUCAUUUUUAAAUAGUGACCGAGUUCCAGCUUUUCCCCUAAGAGGAAACUUCCUUUCCGUGUGUAACCUGUCGGAAAACCUCAGAUUAUAUUUUGUAUAUUUCACUAUAUUGAGUAUAUUUCAAUAACGUCCUCUCACUCUUCUGAACUCCAGCAGCUUCUGAACUCCAGCAGCUUCUGAACUCCAGCAACAGUUCGACAGCUCACCCAUUCCAAAUAUGCUACAGUGUAAAUCAUAGGAUCCCUGCAGUGUGGAAGCAGAUUGUUCGGCCCAUUGGAUCCACACCGACCCUCUGAAGGGGAUUCCACCCAGACCCGCCCCAUCCCAGUAGUCCUGCACUUCCCUGGGCACGGUGAGCAAUUAGCACACCCAGUGUCCCUAACCUGAACAUCUUUGGACUAUAGGAGGAAAUUGGAACGCCACGAGGGGACCCAUGCAAACAUGGGGAGAAUGUGCAAACACCUCACAGUUACCAAAGGGUGGAAUCUUACCUCGGUCCCUGGUGCAAUGAAGCAGCAGCGCUGACCACUCUGCCUGCCCAGUGUUAUUCUGGAAAACUUUUAACUGCAUUCAACACAUUUACAGCCUUUUUGAAAUAAGGAGACCAGUACCAUCCAUAAUACUUCAGUUAUGGUCCUUCACUAAGGUUCUGUAAAAUUAAAGUGUAACCCCCCACCCCAUACUCUUGUAUUCACUGGCGGCCAACACUGUGUGGGCCUUGCAGGCAUUUGUCUGUUUUCAACUGCUCAGUGACCAUCUUCCCACGUUGCAUUCAAAGCUUUAAGCCAAAAUGGCAUUUUUCUUAGGUGUCAUUACAAAUAAAUUAUGAAAUUCAUCUAAACUUAAAUUUAGAGUGAUGAGAAAUGACACCGUGCUUUUGUUAUGCAUUGAGGGGUUGAAUGUUCCCCUGUGCCUGUGUUCCCUGCUGGUUUUCCAGUGUGUCUUAACCACUUGAUCAGAAAUUUACAAAGGGCCACCUUUAGGUUGGAUUGGGACAUCGGUAUGUCUUCUGUUUCAGGUAAAUUGCCCAAGUUUUGUUGGGUUUUAACAUAUCUUCUGGAAUAUGUGAAUAACUGAAGCCAUCAGGAAAGGACAGCUGAGGUAGGGAGACAUUAAACAAUAGCAGGCUGCAGCCCAGGUGCUGAAUGUAAAAAAUAAUGUUUAAGACCAGUUCGCAUUGCAGUAAGGUCUAGGAUUACUGACUCCAUCGAUUAUGAACUGCAGUCAAUUGGAGAGCAAAUCAAACCUUGAAGUGAUCAAUGAUGGAAAACACAGUUAAAAAUUGCAAAUUGUAAAGCUGAACACUAGAAGCCUGCAAUGGAAACAAGGUGAAAAAAUACACGAUAAGUCUAUUAGCAUUUUCAAAACAAUCACAACUUGCGUUUAGAUAAUAUCUUCAGCAUAGCACAUUGCAAACUGCUGCACAGGGACAUGAUCAUAUAACAGUUGACCCUCAAUCACAUUACGACAGGUCAGCCAAAGCAUGUUGAAGGAACCAGGUAGUUAAGUGCUUCUUUGAGGACAAAGAGCUAAGGAAUUUUAACUCCAAGCAUAGGCGAAGAGGGCUCAAAGCACAACUGGCAGUGUUGGGAUGAUAGAAACUGGCGUUUUUUAAAAGAGUAGACAAACAGGAGGCUGGAAGAACACCUUGCUUCCAAAAUUCCCUUUCUCUGAAACCAUUUCAGUAAAUCAUUUCCAAGAUGCCCUGCAUCAAGUGCUCAAGGCUCCUCUGGCUGCAUCUUCCAAGCCACAAAGAACGAUAAAAGAGCAGCAAUAUCUGCAAGUUGCCCGCCAAGCAUCACUCCAUCCUGAUUUCCAAACAUAAUGCGGUUUCUUAACAGUUGCUGAGCCACAAUCUCAGAACUCCCUCUUUAACAGCACUGUUGGAAUCUCUGCACCACAAAGAAUGCAGCAGUUCAAAAAGACAGCUCAAACACCCCCUUCUUCAGGACAUGAAUAAAUAAAAGACACCUUGUUCACACCCUACUUGAGGAUGCUCACAUCCUUUCUAAAUUAUGGGAAGAAUCCGGUGCAGUUCUCCUGUUAUGUUUUUCAGGCUUUGCUACAAUUCCGUCACAUAGAGUUGGACAAGCAGAUGCUGAAAUAUUCCAUUCUGGGCAAUAAAAGAAGCACAGUGACUUUCGCAAGCAACGUGCCUGGACUCCACACAUUUUCCUGUACGUGCCCCAGUGCUCACUCACUGGAGACGCUGCCCAAAUGAGAAAGGGAAAACCAAGUCAUUUGAUUGACACCGCAUCCACAAGCAUCCAUUUCUCCUCAGCAGCAGCAUUGUGUACUGUCUGCAAGAUGCAUUGCAGAAAAUCAUCAGAGGUCCCUAGACAGCACUUUCCAGACCCAUGACCUCCUCCAUCCAAUGAGGACAAGAGCAGCAGAUACAUGGGAACGUGACUCCUGCAAGUUCUCCUUCGAGCCAUUCACCAUCCUGACUUGGAAAUAUCACCGUCCCUUCACUGUUGCAGUGUCAAACUACUGGAAUUCUCUCCCUAAGGGCAUUGUGGGUCAACCCAGGGUAGGUGGACUGCGGCAGUUCAAGAAGGCAGCUCACCGCCAGCUUCUCCGGGGCAACUAGGGAUGGGUAGUAAAUGCUGGCCCAGCCAAUGAUCUGCACAUUGCACAACAAAUAAAAAAAAACAAAACUUGUGAAUAAGUUAGAAAAGAUUUGCGAUUGGAUUAAAAACUGCAGACAUUUGAAAUAAGGGCAGAAUUGGACCUUUAGAGAGCUGCAGAGCGAGAUGAGGUUACACAGGCAGGGAGGAGGAAAAAAUCGCUGGGAUUUGAAAAGCUUCUUGGGCUGGAUCUUUCAUCAUCACUAACUAAUGAAUUACCUUUUCUAAAAUGUUCACCUGUUUUUAAAUUGCUGAUGGACACUUUCUGUUUGAGAUUUUGCUGGAGAAAAAUGUCCUUUGGUAAAGAGAAAGCUAACGAUUAAUCCCAAAGUGCUCUUAAAUGUUCUGUAAAAAUCUGAUAAGGACGUGGUAGAAAAAAUUGUUUCCUGCUUGUGCAGUGAGUCCAACACCAUGGGAUGAUGGGCGUAAGAGAAUCGCCAAUCAAUUCAGUUGAGAAUUCAGGGUAACUUUACCCAGAGAUGUGAAACAUGCUGCCACAUAUGGAGCUUGAGGCAAACACUAUCAGCAGCUUUAAGAGACAAUUGGAUUGUUUUGUUGAAUGAAGAGCCUGGAAGUAGGUUUGUGUGGAACAUCCACACCAAUGGAAACCAGUUGGCUGAUUCCUAUGCCAUACGUUCAGUAUCAGACAAGCAGAGUGUGCCUGUCUUAAAUAUUUCCCAGAGGCGCUUGCGAUACAAAAGGGAUUAGGCGUGAUGCUGAAUCAAAGUGUCUGACUAUGUAGUGUCUCAGUGAGUAAUGCUGCAUCUGGUGUGUGUGUGUGACUGGAGGAUAGGAUGAAAAAUGGCCAUGUAUCUGACUGUGAGCCCAGAUCUCUGCAGAACAAUGUGAAGUUUCAAGAACAAAGAACAAUGCAGCACAGGAACAGGCCCUUUGACACCCCCAAGCCUAUGCCAACACAUGCUGCCUUUCUAAGCUAUAAACCUUUUGCCUCCAUGCAGUCUGUCUCCUUCUUUUCCUUUCAUAUUCCCUUCAACUUGCCUCUUAAAUGUUGCUACUGUAUCUGCCUGCACCACUUCCUCUGGCAGCACAUUCUUGACACUUACCAUCCUCUGUGUAAAAUAACCACCUCUCACAUCUCCUUUAAAUUUACCCCCUUUAGCCUUAAACCUAUGUCACUUAGUAAUUGAUAUUUCUACCUUAGGAGAAAGACUGACUAUCUAGUCUCUCUUCUGUUAGGUCACCCUUCAUCCUUGGAAGUUCAAGUAAAAACGACCCAAGUUUGUUCAGUCUUUCCUCAUAGCUAAUGCCCUCCAAACCAGGCAACAUCCUGAUAAAUUGUUUCUGUCCCCUCUCCAAAGCCACCACAUGCUUCUGGUAAUGUGGCUACCUAACCUGUACACUAUAUUCUAAACGUGGCAUAACUAAAGUUCUGUACAGCUCCUUUACUUUGCUGUGUCCAUUUGGGCAGGUGCUUGUACUUAAACAGUACCUUUCUUGCUUGAAGAAAUUAAUUGCUGCUAUUGGCGACCAUUAGCGGCUGACAAUGGGGUUGGUUGCGAUAGCAGUCCAUGUGAUGACAAGGCCCGGUGUGUGGGGUUUGAGGAACGUGCUCAGGCCCUGAAGUUAUUGAACUUGACAGUGAAUACUGAAGGCUACAGGUACCCGAAUGGAAAACGAGGUGCUGUUCUUCCACCUUGCAUUGAGUUUAGUUGGAGCACUGCAGCAAGUCUGUGAAUUAUCAUUAACUUUGACAGAGAGCCACAUGAGAUAUUAGAUGGCCAAAGGUAGGUUUAAAAGAAUCUCUCAAAGGAUAUAGAAUCGGGAGGGAGAUCACCCUAGCUGAGGGCUUCAGCAGCUGCAGGUACAGAUGUCAGUGGCAGAAUUAGUAAAGUUGGGAAUGUGCAAGAGACCAAAUUGGUGGAGCACAGAAAUCUCAAACAGUUGUAAGCCUGGAGAAGAUUGCACAAAUAAAUGUUGUUGGAGACAUUUGAAAAUCAAGAUACAACUUAAGCAAAAGCAAAUACAGGUGAGCAAGCACAGCAAUGGGUGAAUGGAACUUGGUGCGUGUUGUGUGCACUUACAGUUGUAAUUAUGUCAAGCCCCAAUGUAGGACAAUUGUAAUAUAAACCAUGAUGUUUAUCAGAGGUUCUGUUAUCUUUGUGAACGUGGUACGAAUUAAAUCAAAGUGCUUGCAAAGAUAGAUUGCUUUGUUAAUUUGAAAGGCAUUCUUUGUCCUCAGUGACAUUAAUACCUGCCACAAUUUGGCCCUAGUCAAUACAAUCACCAUUUUAAAAAAAAGAAAAUGACGAUCAGAGCCCUCAUUGCCCUUGACUAAGCAAUGCCUCAGUGCAGCUGUUCAUCACAAACCCAUGAACAAAGGAACUCGUUCAAUGGAUUGAGCAAUGAAGCAAUUGCUUCAUAUGUAUGAGGGAAUCCUUUUCUGUUUGGGCACAUCUUUUGGAACCAUCUGGGCGUCACUCUUCCAUGCCAUAUGAGUAAUAACCUGUUGGCAUUGUUAUCCAUUGGAAAUGAGCUGGCCCUGUGUGAAAAUGUCUCUGGGAAGCAGAGUUUUGUCUUAGGAUGAAUCGCAUUGAUGGUUUAUGUCACAGAAGGAGGCCAUUUGGCCCAUCGUGUUGGCGUCCAGUCUCUGAAAUAGCCAUCCAAUUAAUCCCACAGCCCUCACCUUCGUCAUGUCCCUGAAAUUCCACAUUUACCAAUCCAGCGCCCUUUUGAAAACUUUCUGUGAAAUAUGCUUCCCUAGCAUCCUUUCAGGCAGAACGUCCCAGAUCUUAACAAAACAGUGGGGUCGAUUUUUGUGUUAGUGAUGCUGCUCCUCUUCCUGACAUUUGCAGAACCAGCAGAGGCCCCACAUUUGUUCCAAAGGAAAGACCUGACACAAUUAAGUACUCACCAGGUGUUUGACUGGCCAACAUCAGGCCUCUCAUACAGUUAAGGAUGUGUUAAGAAAGGAUUUCUCUCCCUCCCACACUGCCCAAGUGCUACCAGCCAUCCUGGGCAGUGCCACUGGGAAAGGUGACCUCUGCUGGCAAUACCCUGGUUGUGCAGCCCCAGAAUCAAUGGUGGGACCCAGAACAGGAGUUAGGUGAAGGCAGGAUGGGUUCAUGGGGUGUGUCAGGAGGAGCUGAAAGAAAGGUCAGAGUGUGGUUUUAAGAGAUAUCCACUCUUUCCCAAAGUCCCACAAUAGGGUGCAAAGUGUUUCUGAAGACUAAAGGAAUUGAGGGUUAUGGUGACUGGGCAGUGAAGUGGAGCUGAGUCCAUGAAAAGGACACCAUGAUCUUAUUGAAUGAUGGGGCAGGCUCAAAGGACCAGAUACUUACUCCUGCUCCUGGUUCUUAUGUUCUAAAUUGAAGUAACUGAAGAAGGGUCACUGGACCCAAAACAUUAACUUUGCUUUCUCUUCACAGAUGCUGCCAGACCUGCUGAGCUUUUCAAUCCAUUUCUGUUCUUGUUACUGAAACUUGUGUGUGUGAUGCUUACACUGCUGCUUUGUUUGGAGAUGGCAGGGCACUGGGUGUCUGUGUGUGUGUGUGUGUGUGAGUGUGUUUGUGAGAGAGAGAGUGAGUGUGUUUGUGAGAGAGAGAGUGAGUGUGUUUGUGAGAGAGAGAGUGAGUGUGUGUGUGUGAGAGAGUGAGUGUGUGUGUGUGAGAGAGAGAGAGUGUGAGAGAGUGAGUGUGUGUGUGUGAGAGAGAGAGAGUGUGUGUGUGAGAGAGAGAGUGUGUGUGAGAGAGAGAGUGUGUGAGAGAGAGAGAGAGUGUGUGAGAGAGAGAGAGUGUGUGUGAGAGAGAGUGUGUGUGUGAGAGAGAGAGUGUGUGUGUGAGAGAGAGAGAGUGUGUGUGAGUGAGAGAGUGUGUGUGAGUGAGAGAGAGUGUGUGUGUGAGAGAGAGAGUGUGUUUGUGAGAGAGAGUGUGUGUGAGAGAGAGAGUGUGUUUGUGAGAGAGAGUGUGUGUGUGAGAGAGAGAGAGAGAGUGUGUGUAUGAGAGAGAGUGUGUGUGAAAGAGUAUGUAUGUGUGUGUGUGUGUGUGUGAGAGAGUGUGUAUGUGUGUGUGAGAGAGUGUGUGUGUAUGUAUGUGUGAGAGAAUGUGUGUUUGUGUGUGAGAGAGAGAGUAUGUGUGUGUGUGUGAGAGAGUGUGUGUGUGUGGGAGAGUGUAUCUUUGUGUGUGUGUGUGUGUGUGACAGAAGAGUGUGUGUGUGAGACAGUAUGUGUGUGUGAGUAUGUGUGUGCGAGAGAGUGUGUGUGUGAGAGAGAGAGAGUGUGUGUAUAUGUGUAUGUGUGUUUGUGUGAGAGAGUGUGUGUGAGAGAGAGAGUGUGUUUGUGAGAGAGAGUGUGUGUGAGAGAGAGAGUGUGUUUGUGAGAGAGAGUGUGUGUGUGAGAGAGAGAGAGAGAGUGUGUGUAUGAGAGAGAGUGUGUGUGAAAGAGUAUGUAUGUGUGUGUGUGUGUGUGUGAGAGAGUGUGUAUGUGUGUGUGAGAGAGUGUGUGUGUAUGUAUGUGUGAGAGAAUGUGUGUUUGUGUGUGAGAGAGAGAGUAUGUGUGUGUGUGUGAGAGAGUGUGUGUGUGUGGGAGAGUGUAUCUUUGUGUGUGUGUGUGUGUGUGACAGAAGAGUGUGUGUGUGAGACAGUAUGUGUGUGUGAGUAUGUGUGUGCGAGAGAGUGUGUGUGUGAGAGAGAGAGAGUGUGUGUAUAUGUGUAUGUGUGUUUGUGUGAGAGAGUGUGUGUGAGAGAGAGAGAGUGUGUGUGUAUGUGUGUGUGUGUG